GCGAGGAGCCGCCAGCAGGGCGUGAGGCUAGAGGGUCGUCACGGCAUGUGCUGCUCUGUUUAGGGACGGUCUGUGCCGCUGUGACAGCUGCGUGAAAACGCUCCGGAGGGCAAACUCCACACCGGGACGGCUGACUGACACCGGACAGUCAGCCCGGCGCAUUAGGGAGACAGCUCGUUUAGCUAACAAUGAAUCAGAAAGAAAUGACUGGCAACCAAAACUCACGGGAUAAUUUGCUGGCAGAUUUCCCUCAAGGCCCCCUUUCCAGAUACCGUAAGAAAGCUUCCUUCAACUGGAAGGAGAUGGCACUUUUCAUAGAUGGUGAAGAUGUCAUCCAGCUGAAGAACAGAAUCUUCUCUGCUCUGGAAAAUGAUCCUCUCUUUGCACAUCAUCCUGGAGAGGAUUUGUGCCGUGAGAGGUACCAGGAGCUGACCUUCCUGCGCUGUAAAAAGCUCUUUGAGUACGAGUUCCUCACUCAGCAAGAAGCGAUGGCAGACCCAUUAAGGCUCUUUCAUAUGGUGAUCUUUAUAGGAAUGUAUGAUUGGUCUCUGUGUCUCAAGUUUUUCUUACAUUCUGGUUCAUUUGCAGGUUCAAUUAUGAGUGCUUCUAAGAGACUUGCAUACGUUUUGGAACAAGCUUAUAGCAUGGAGAUUUUUGGUUGUUUUGCUCUGACUGAACUCAGCCACGGAUCUAACACCAAAGGCUUACGGACUACAGCCACGUUUGAUCCCAGCACUCAGGAAUUUGUCAUCAAUACACCUGAUUUUGAAGCUGCAAAGUUCUGGGUUGGUAAUUUGGGGAAACAUGCCACUCAUGCAGUUUUGUAUGCCCAGCUCUAUACUCCUGAUGGACAGUGCCAAGGAUUGCAUCCCUUUAUUGUACAGAUUCGAGACACAAAAACUCUCCUGCCAAUGCCAGGUGUGAUGGUAGGAGAUGUAGGAAAGAAAAUUGGGCUGAAUGGGUUGGAUAACGGAUUUGCCAUGUUCCACAAUGUCAGGAUACCAAAAGAAAACAUCCUGAAUAUAGCUGGAGAUGUCACAGCUGAGGGGAAGUACUCAAGUUCUAUCAAGGAGGUUAAAGAACGUUUCAGUGCAGCUCUGGGAUCCUUGUCCAGUGGCAGAAUUAUGAUCACAGGACUUUCCACAACCAACUUAAAGCUUGCCUUGGCAAUAGCCAUCCGCUUCUCAGCAGCUCGCCGUCAGUUUGGACCCACUGAGGAUGAAGAAAUACCUGUCCUUGAAUACCAAACACAGCAAUGGCGUCUUUUACCUUAUCUGGCUGCUGCAUAUGCCUUAGAUUAUUUCUCAAAGUCCCUGUUUGGGAACUUUAUAGAGUUUUUUGCAGGUGUUUUGGCAAAGGACAGGAAUCAGAGACAGGCUGAUUUGGGACGUGAGAUUCAUGCUUUAUCUGCUGCCAGCAAAUCACUGGCAUCUUGGACUGCUCAGCAGGCAGCCCAGGAGUGCCGAGAAGCUUGUGGAGGGCAUGGUUACCUUGCCAUGAAUCGUCUGGGUGAAAUCCGAAAUGACAAUGAUCCAAACUGCACAUAUGAGGGAGAUAACAAUGUCCUGCUUCAGCAAACCAGCAACUACUUAAUGAGCUGGAUGAAUUGCAUAAGAGAUAAAGCUCCUUUUGAAUCCCCUUUGGGAACAAUAAACUUUUUGCAAGACUACCAUCAUAUUCUUGGCUGGAAAUUCACAGCCAUUAGUGUUGAAGAUUGCAUGGACUCCUCAGUUCCUUUAGCAGCUUAUAAAUGGUUGGUUUGCUACCUGCUCCGAGAAAGUGACCUAAAAAUGAAUAAGGAGAAGCAGGCUGGACAAAGUGAUUUUGAGGCAAAAAACAACUGUCAGGUGUACUACUGUCGGUCUCUGGCUCUGGCUUUCAUUGAGCAGACAGCCUUGCAGCGCUUCCACGACUACAGCCACGAUCCCAGCGUCCCAGCAGCUCUGCAGCCAGUGCUGAGGCAUCUCAGUGCUCUCUAUGGGCUCUGGUCCUUGAGUAAACACCUGGCUGUGCUCUACCAAGGUGGCUAUGCUUCGGGGGAACAACCUGGGAAAUUUAUUCAGGACGCUAUUCUGAAGCUCUGUUACAGGUUGAAAGAUGAUGCAGUUGCCCUGGUUGAUGCCUUUGCUCCUUCAGACUUCAUUCUCAAUUCUGCCAUUGGUAAAGCAAGUGGAGAGGGCAGCAUGUUUGCCAUGGAGUGAUAACCAGGAGUUAGAAAACAACCUGGAAGGACCAACAUGGAUCUGGAGUUUGUCCUGUGGCUGUGACUGGGACAUGAUUCAUGCUUUCCACAGGUGAUCCACGGGCCAGGACAGCUUCCAGGGCAUCAGGAGGAAAGCCACCAUGCUGCCACUGUACUGUAGAGCAUAUCCUGCACUUACCACCUCCUGACCACUCCACACGGCUUUUGGGGCAGUGUGUCCACAAGCAAUGGCCAACCAUUGCCUGAGAAUGAAACCUCUUUAUACAGUGCUUUCGGGUUUUUUUUUGUAAAAUGUAAGAAUCAAAACAAAAAUGUAUAGACAGAGAUAAUUUUCUAUGGCAAAAAUAUGAGCUUCAAUAACAAAAUGGUUUAUAAAGAAGCAGAAGUAUUCAACAAGUGGUUCUGCACUGUAUUUAUGUGUUCUUAUCACUGGGAUGUGAUGAAAUACUUUCCAAUCCCUCAGUAACCCAGAAAGCUGUUAAGCAACACAUACUAUGGUAAGCACUAAAAUCAGCAGAGCCAUAUAACAAAAUGGUGAAGACUUGACUGGCCUAAGCACACUCAUUUAUCUUGUAUUUAAGACUAUCAAAGAAAUUCCACCAGGCUAGAGUCAGCUGUUCUACCAACAUUUUAAAAGGACGAAAAGUGACAAACUUGAUUCUAUGAAAAACAAACUAAUGGAAAACCUGAAGGGGGAUUAAGUUAAUAAAAUACAUACCAUAUAGCAAUUCAAAAAAUAUCAAUAAGAGAUUUUACAGAAAAUAUAGUUUGUCAGACACACCUGAUUUAAUUCCAGGUAUUUCCAAACUCUGAUUUUUGCAUAUAUGUGACAUGUAACAUAGACAUUUACCUCUCACACACCAUAUUUUGUGUCUCAUGACACUGAGAUGAAGAAAAUCAGCAUUCUGUCUAUCUGCAAACACACUCAGGAAGCCAUCAGUGGAGAAAUCAUUCUCUGUGCUUUAGGAAUGUUGUUAAAGAUAAUCCUAGACCUACCACUGCUUAUUAUUUUCCUCAGUGAGCUGGAAAUAAUUUUAAAAUCUCUUCUAUUAAAUUGUGCGUAAUUGGUGGACUGGUAAAUUAGGUGAGCAGAGAUAUAACAGAUAUAAUCUGAAAUAAGUUUAAACCAGAUUGGUUUUGCUGACCCAAGUGUGCAACAUCUCCUUCAAAAAUGGAGGGGUAAAGAGAGAUUUUGUCAUCCUAGGCCAGACAGAGCUGAGGGAAGGUGAGUGCCUUUCUCUCUGCUGUAUUUGGGAGAGAAUUGAAAUUUUUCUAAAUGACCCAGGAGUGUCAUGAGAAGAGUAAGAAAAUGCAAGAUCAUUAUAACCUUAAUAUGAUCAGAGAAUUGAUUCUUGUCCAGUUCUCAUGCUGCAAAGCCAGCUCCAAAUGCCAGCCUGCCUGGAAAAUGGAAACUGUAUUGUGUGUGAGAAUUCAUCUGUGCCUGCAGAAACCACAUGCCAAACUCCUGCUUUCCUUACAGGGCACAAAGUGACAGAAAGGAGCCAGAAUACUGAAUUCAAAGCCAGAGAAAGGUGUGGUACAACAGGAAACUGAACAAACUCAAUGUUUAGCAUGUCAAAGAGGAGCUUAAAAUUUGGAGCAAUUGCAGUAUUAUAGGCUUCUCCAAAGUGGAGCAAAAUGUUGUAUGUCAAAACAAAUAUAAUUUGUGUCUGAUCACUGGGGAGAGAUUUAAGGGUAUGGUUUACUUUGAAGGAGGUUUGUGCACAUACACAUUAUUUAGGAUGACCAAACCAUGGUCUAUGGUUUCAUUACAUGCUGUACCAAGAUCCUUUAAAUCAGAACAGCUGGUGCCACAUGAACUGCUCUCCAAAAACUUACUUGUCUGAGUGUCAUUAAAUAAUGAUUUUUUUUCUAAGCCCACACAAACACUUGGCUUUUUCAAUCCAGUUUAUCAAUGAUGAGUGUUUGCAAAGUCCAGAACUGAGCACUGGCUGUGUUUCACUAGUGUGAGGGAGAAGCCAGGAAAAACAUAUCUCCUGGGGAGUAUUCCCAGCUGUAAAUUUAUUUUUGACACAUAUAGGAUGGAAUUGGGUUUCUGUGCUUGUUUUGAUCUCCUUACAAGUUCUUAUUAAAGGGAUGUCUUCCAGCCCUGCAGAACUGCAUAUCCUGUUCCAGUCCUAAAUCUGUGGGUGAGUCCUGCAGCCAGAAGUGUGGGGCAGUGGGACAAACACACCAGUGCCUCAGACACUCAGCAAGCAGCAGCCCAGUUCUUUGCUCAGUACAUAAAUAUUUGCCUGGUUGCACCAUGCUCUAGGGCAGAUGAAAACCGUGUAUUUUUUUCACAGCCAUCAGUGGCAAUCAGUGCUGUUCAUCCAAGGCUCAGCCCAUGGGCACAGGCCCAGCCAGAGGCACUCUUUGCUCUCCCUGCUGGGCUCUGCUCCUGUGGCAGCCACCAGGUGAUCCUUGGGAGGUGGUGCAGGGCUGCCCUGCUGUAUCCCACUGGAGCAGAGGGAACAGGUUCUUACCCUGCACAACCCAUCGUGGUUACAGAGAGAACAUGUCUGCAGGGAUUUUCCCUCUCUCUGUUUGGAUCACUCUCUGCUUUGGAUUUAAUUCAAGCAAGUUCUUGAAUGGGGAGGAAAGAAUUAAAGAAAAUUUUACCUUUCUAAUGACCAGGUUGUUUUUUUGACAAUAAGGAAGGCAAUAGCCAUGGAAUUGCUUAGCUAUGAUUUCUCCUCCUCAAUGUCCAAAUUUCUGGUGUCUUCUCAUUACACUUCAGUUGUGAGGACAGUUCAACAGCAAAAGCUGGAGUAUUUGCAGUUUUAUUUCUGUUGCCAGGCUCUCUGUUCAUUGUGGGAGGAUUCCAUAUGCAACCAGAUAUGAUUUUCCUCUGUGUUAAGAAAUAGUCCUGGCAGUAAAUGGUUUGAGUCAUC